AUGGAGCAUGACAGAGAUACUUCAACAGAUCAACCAGGUGGCGAUUCUGGUGAAAGAAAUGCCCCUCGGGCAGCUAGACCUCGACUGCCGUCGCCUCCCAGCCAUAGCAACACCUCGCGCUCGAGCUAUGGAUACUCGCAACAGCACGAGAUAUACGCAGGCGCAGAGGCCGUGGCAACCAGGAGAUAUUCUGUAGACUCACGUCGAGACUACUCGGAAGGAAAUCUACCGUCAUGGACGCCAGGGUCGCCGACCAGAGUCGUAGACAUUGGUGAGCGACCAGGAAAGAGACUGAAGCUCGAUUCUAUACCGCCGGAGUCCGUAUUCCAGCCGCUGGUCGCAGCCUCUUCUGCAUUACCACCUAGCAAAUUCGACGACAAUGCUCCACGAAGCGUCAACGCCUAUACAGGCAUUCAGUCCACUCAGUUGGAACCUAGCUCAGCCACAAUUCGACAGUGCGAGGAAUGCUUGCAAAGCGCAGAUGAUCUGGGCCAUCUUGUGCGGAGCAUCCUGGAGUUGUCCGAGAUGUUAAUCAGUAAUACCGGAGUAUCAGACACUGGUACUCUCUCCGGUAGUGAACGAAGAGCGUCCGAGGUGACUAAGCACGGUACCAAGUACAGUAUCUCAUGGGCAGCUAUUGAGGCUCGGAGGCUAGUCACUUUAAUGCGAGAUGCUUCAUCCGCCACCGCCCCUCCGGGAAUCUUACUGCCUCCUCUCGGAAGUGCCUUGUCGGCCAAACUACGCCAUGAUCGACGGCCACUCGCCACCUCAUCCCAUGGGUCCCACCCACCUAGUGUCACACCCGAUACUGCUGAUAUCGACAAUGCAUCUCGCCGACCGUCCAUCUCACACGACCAAUUUCACACUCAGCCUUAUGCCAUACUGCCUCCGAUUAUUCCGCCGGACGAUAUGAAGCGACAACGUUAUCAGGACCAGGCUCUGACGGGCUCGUCGACCUCACCACACCCAUCAUCUGGCAGCUCACUAUACGGUCCCAGCUAUUCACCAUCACAAACGCAAGGUCCAGGUAGAGCCCUUCCUUCUCCGCCAGGAACAUAUAUGCCUCCAAGCACGCUGACGAUGUCCGCAACACCCUCAACAGCUCACGCUGCCCAUCUACAAGAUCUCCAACAUCAAAUAUCAACCAAGACCUUGGCACUACAAACUCUGCAGCGAGAGCACGAUCAGCUACUAUCUGCCUUCUCAAGGUCGCAAAUAAGAUGUAGCACUCUGGACAAGAAGUCGCAAGUAUCGGACCAUGAAAUCAACAAUCUCACUGAGGAGAAAAUUCGAUUACAACAGCAAGUUGAAACUCUGGAAAGUCAGAUUGAAGACCUCACACAAGCCCGGGACCUUUUCCAGAAGCAAUCUUCUGCGGAAGGGGCACAAUGGCGACAAAUGAUGGCGAUGUCCUCACAAUUGCAGAGCAAAGGUGCCGAGGAGGCGCGACUCCACAAGCAGGAAAGAGAAGAGUGGCAACGGCAACGAGACGAAUUCGAGAAACGUAUUCGAGAGAUCGAGAACUCGAGACCCACUACCAUGACAGGCACUUCGACAUCGUUACCGCCUCUCGAGAUCGAGCUUGAGGUUGAGGACCACGUAUUGGAGUCAACCUCAAUGGAUGUGCUUCGCAACGAAAUUCGAGGCCUGCGUCGCCGGUGCCUCGAAUUGGAAGGCAUCCUGAACGAUAUCACUGGCGAGACAAGUUCCCUGAAUGCGGCCAUGCGGGCGAUGGCCAACAUUCAGGCGCGUAUCGCAGGUCGGGUCAGACAUGUCUCUGGACAAGGCGAACGGGAUCGGGAUGGCUGA